CCUAGUGCAACUAGGAUGAGUAUUCAAUUAGCUGACCGAUCUGUAGUUCAUCCUAGGGGCAUAGUGGAAGACCUCCUGGUUAAAGUUGGCAUAUUCAUUUAUCCUGUGGAUUUUGUUGUCUUGAACAUCAAUGAAGACGUAGAAGUGCCCCUUAUACUAGGAAGGCCUUUCCUGGCCACCGCCAAGACUCCAUAGAUGUGCAUGAAGGGACCUUAGUCUUGAGAGAUGGCGAGGAGCAUAUAACAUUUCCCAUAGCUAAUAAUAUACAUGGUUUAUCGCCUUGUCAUGCUCUCUCACCAGGUGCACGAGUCUGUCAUGUAUCCUUCUUUGCCUUCCAUUUUGCAGGAUUCUCCUCUCAUACCCUCGUUGCCACUCCCGUCCACCCCGUUACCAAAAGAAAAGGUUCAGGAGGAAUGGCGGCCGAAACUGCAGGUAGCUAAGCCUGCUCAAAAGAAAGUUGGAGACCACUAUGAGCUGGUCCCGACUCCUGAGCCACGACCGCCCUGGCCAACCGAGUAUUCACUCGCUUGCAUCCUGCCGGAUGGCCAGGUCGAGUUGACAAGUGCUGGUGGUCACUCCCGUCGUGUGCAUGGCCACCAUCUGAAGUUGUACCUUAAGAGCGAUGUGGAUCCACUCUGAGCAUCCACUCUCUGCGUCCAGCUAAAGACGUAAAAGAAGUGAUCGUCGGGAGGCAACCCUACCACGGUUUGUUUUUUUUUUCUUGUGUCUUUUUUGAUUUUUUCCACUUGGAACUAUGGUUUUUAUCACCCAGUGUGUUUUGAUUACUCUAGCUCGGUGCCUUUCCACUGGUCCACCUUCUAGUCUGCCCCUGAUGACUGGUCCCAUUUCACGUCCACCGGCAAUCCAUUUUCCCAGUAACAUCGUUCCCCUUAUUCUAUCCUCUUCUCCAUUGAGGGCAAUAUCGUGUUUAAGUGUGUGUGUGGGGGGGGGGUGUUUAUCUUUGACUGCAUAGAUGAGUUUUUGUGCUUGGAGCCUAGUCCGCUGUCCAAAUCUCGAGAUUUGAGGGCUCCAAGUACUGAUGUUUGCUUGAUCAUAUGGGCACAGUGGUUUAUGUGGUAAAUCGAUUGGCUGUUAACAUUGAUGCAUGGCAACUUGAUUGUGACUAGGACAACCUAUAAUGAUGACUGAGAAGUGCGGUAGAGUUAUGUCGGGGUUCAGUUUUUCAACUGUUUUGCUUACCAACUGUGACUUGGAUUGAUCACUUAUCUUCUACAAUCGUUCAUGCAUCUAGUUCAGGGAAUCAUGAUGAGAGAUAGAGCAUAUAGAUAGUCAUGUGAGAUUUGAGCCUGCUCGUUUCUUUCUUGUGCGAUAGAUCCCUCUUCCAUGAUGUGUAGCAUUCAAAUUAGGAUGAUGGAGGCAUAGGAAGAGACCACGACCAAAUUGACUGUCCUGGUGUGUCAUACCCACUAGUCAGCCCCUUUGAGCCGUGUAACUUUCCUUCUUUCGAUCUUCAAUGAAAAUCACCCUUUUGCAUUUCUUAGAGGUUCCAUAGAGUGGGUUUUGCAUGUUCUCUACUAUUUCUGCUAUAAAUAAUAUGAGAGUUGGAGGUAGUUCUUAAAAAUUGGGCAUGUGCUUGAAAAAUGUGCAGAGGUGGUGGUUCUCUCAAGAAAAGAAAAAUAUGAAUGAAAGCAAAAGAGAGCCACUACCAAAAAUCUGAACCAUGCCCAUUAGAUAGUGUUUCUUAGUAGUCUGGCUUAGAAAUACUAACACAUUGUGACCUCCUUCACUCGUGUGCUCUAAAGAACGUGAUGAAUGCAGAAUGGCAGAAAGAAAGUAAUUGGGUUGCAUGAUUGUGACUUUGUUAGUUUUGGAACUGUGGAACCCUGUUUAAUAAAUUCUUCCACCACCUAAAAGGUCUUUCCCUAUAUCCAAGACCCUAGCUAGUCAUCUGAACUAGUGUGUAAGACCUCCGAAUUAGUUAGUGGCGACACCCGAUAUGUGAACUCUAGCAUUUAGAGGUUGCCGUCAUGGUGAAGAGAUGUUAGGAUUGAGAGAAUAAGCAUGCACAUUUUUCGCAUCAAAUUGACCUGACCCCACUGGUCGAGAGUGAGCGAUUCAUUUCCUUAUACUCUUUACAUUUUUUUAUCUCGUUGAGGACCUAGAUUGCUCGCUCUUAAUUCUGAUGUAUUGAGUUUUAUGCAUGAGGUGACUGUCUUGAAUGAGUGGUUGGGUCAAGUCUAUGUUCGUUGGUGAACAAAAGGGAGACUCUUCCAUUACCCGAUUUUGCUACACUCGAAUGUCAUAUGUGGUGGUUGUCUAGGUUGCCGGCGAGGUUGUUCAUGUGUUGAUGUUUAAAAUCCAAUGUGAUUCACGUAUUUUGUGCCUAAAUGAUAUGUCUCCAAAGUUUGCAGGGUUAAAAUGUUUUGAGCUUACCUUGUGUCUGACUUGGUUUGCUUGGGGACAAGCAAACGGACAAGUGUGGAAGAAUAUGAUGACUCGAUACUUACACAUGUUUUUGUCCGCCAUUCUUAUACUAUUUGAGGCUCGG